AUGGAUGAACUACUCACCCCGGUGAGCACGACGUACUUGCGGAAGAGGAAAGAUUGGGAGCCGGUGCUGGCUACGAAAACUACGGAGCCUUCAAACCUUGCCGAGGUUCUCUCUGCAGAUGAUGCAUUGUCGGUCCUGAAGAGCCAGCCAGACUAUGACUCGCUGAUUAGAGCCCUUCGGUUCCUCACUGAGAAAGAGGCGUCUUCCGACUUUAAUAUUCAUGUGCCUAGUCCCAAGAGCGCUGCCAUCAUUCAUGUUCUUGUGUCAGAAAUCGUACCGAAUUAUUGGACUUCACUACAGCAAGAAUCUUCGAUAAAAGAGCCUGCAUCCUUUGCUUCGGUAUCUGCUGAUGCCGUGGACCUGGUUUCGAAUUUGCAGAGUGUCGCUGGCAUCAACGCAGUAGUGGGACAUAUAAAGGCACUUGUUCAGGAAUCAAAAUUCGCUACGAGGGAUGUUAAGAGGCCUGAUAUUAGCCUACACCUCGGUAUUUUCCUGGACCUCUUGUCCGUGCUCUUGGAUGGAGAUGACUCGAUUCGAGGAAUUUGGCAAUCUUCAACGGCUGGUUUAGCGGAUGCGGUUUCGAGAAAAGUCCAGUCUCAAACGCUGAUCUCCUUGGUAACUAGCGGCCGCAUCAUAUCCAUUUCUGCCGAGGCUUCAGAGAUUAUUGCCAAGGAAGGAAAUCCAACCCCUGGUCGAUGGCUUGUGGAUGGUGUUGAGUAUAGCAAGUGGAUAGGACGAAACAUCGCAACAUGGGCUAAGGUUCAAUUGGAGGGUGCUGAGCUUCAGACUUGUUUUGAUAUCUUUCAACGAUCCUUGUCCUUGGGAUAUUCGGAGACUUUGCUUACUCUCGUCAUUGACCAGCUGCUACUGUCUCGAGGUGCAUCUCCUGGAUUAUUCUCCAAAGUUUGUCUCCACCAACCACAGACAUACAAGAAAGUGAUAUACACACUCCUGGAAUACCUAUCACAGAAGUUCUUGAAUCAUCUGGAGCUGGAAGAUGAGAAACCCGUCGAGGAGGUCUCUGCCGUUGCUGGCUUAAUUGAUGGUGUAAUACAGAAUGACGUGGGCCGCAAAACCCAUCUCUUGAAUUGGUGCUGCAGUCCGUCUGGGGCUGGGCUAGGUGACGGGAUCGGUAUUCGACGAGCUGUGGUGACUGUUCUGGCAAAGGACAAAGAGACAAUUACGUCGCUUUUGGAGAAGAGCUUGAACCAGUUCGGAGACCAGCUUUAUAUCAAGCAUACUGCAAUUCUACAGCAAGAGGGUGGGGAUAACCAGAAUCAUACUCAGUUCAAUGCGCUGACCAUUUCUGCAGCCCACGCCCAAGUAUUGCUGCUCAGUGCGGCAUAUGUAGCAAAGCUCUCUCCCAUAAAACUAACCAUGCUUCUUCGCUCUGGAAGCUACUUAUCAACAAUAUCUAAUCGGAUUGCCUCCACCAAUGCCAGAGCCCGCUUCUUAGGCAUGUGUGUUGGAGAAGGCCUAUCCGCAAUGUUCGACAACAACACUAAGAAGCUCGAUUUUCACAUGGAUGAAAUGGAAACAGAAGAAGCACAAUGGCUUAAAGCUCUGACUAAGGUCUCGGAUCCUAUUGGGCCGGUUGAGUCGCUUCUUUCCAAUCUUCCACCGUCACAGCCAACGAAACCGCCCCCACCUCGGGCUCAAAAACCGCAACCGAAGAGGAAACAGCAACAUAAACCCGUUGUUAGCGAGCCAGCCCCAAAAGCCAUCAUUGAAGAAAUUGACUCGUCCGAUGACGAAGAUGAGCAUCUUCCCACUGCAGCAAAGUCUACGGAUGACGAAGAUUCGGAUGACGAUCCAACCCUGGUUCAACGAAACAAGCUUAAACCCCCAGUUUAUGUUCGCGACCUCAUCGCGUUCCUACGAGACUCAGAGUCAUACGACAAGCAGAAACUUGGAGUCCAAACAGCUCCCGCACUCAUUCGCCGAAAAGCCAAUUAUGGCACCGAAGUCAGUUCACACGCCGAAGAGCUCGCACGACUCCUGGUCGGCCUCCAGGACAAAUUCGAAAUUGAAAACUUUGAAGAUUUGCGCCUUCAAGGCAUGGUCGCCCUGGUAAUUUCCCAGCCCAAAGCCAUGGCACCAUGGUUCGCCCGUACUUUCUUCGAAGGCGACUACUCCCUCUCACAGCGAACGUCAGUUCUCGUCACCCUGGGAUUAUCAGCCCGCGAACUAGCUGGCCUUGAAAUCUCAGAAUACCAAUCUUCAUCGUCAUUCCCCUCGAAACGACUCCCCGAAAACAUUGAACAGCUCUACCUUGAGUCCAGAACCUCCGCAAGCCAACUCCCCUCAUCCAACCUCAAACCCCUGCCUCCCAAUGCCAUCAACGACAUUGCCCAGUCCCUGACAUCGACGUUCCUCGGGCCCCUCGCCGCCGAAGCCGCCGACGCAAACACCGGACCCGACGCGCUAAAGCUCCAAACUUUUUCCGCGCGGUACAAGUCCAAGUCCCGAAACAAACCGCGCAUGCGUGUGAUACCAAAUACUACUGCUGCCAUUCUAGGCACGUAUUUCUUCUCCCCGCUCACGGCACACUUCCAAUUUGCACUGCGCUCCUCCAGACCCGUCGUUCUGAACCCCUCCAUGCUAGCUCUCUAUCUUCAAACACUGGGUGUUGUCGUAAAUGCUGCCGGUCAGUCGACGCUCUCCCUGCCACAACUCACUUCUGAGUUAUGGGAUUUGCUAUUACGGGUGAGAGUCUAUGUAUUAGGGGACUUGGGCGCCCUCAAGGGCUGGCUGGUAGCCAUGUCGGUGCUGCUAGAGGUAAAUGAAGACAAUAUGCGACGAAUAUGCGAAGAGCAAGGCAGGGAGGUCAUAGAAUCGCGUGAGUGGGUAUCAAGUGUAUUUGAGCGGACGCGUGGGGAUGACGGCGGCGAGGAGAAUGAUGUCAAGAUGUUGGCGGCAGGAGUCUUGAUCAAGUUGGGCGAAGCUAUUGAGGAGUAUCAGGCUUUAUUAAUGGGGGACCUGCUUGGAUCUAAUUAG